CGCGUGUCGAACCCGGUGAUAUAGAGCGGUUUGAGCAUAAGCUAGUUGAAGGGAAGGUCUAUGCCUUGUCAGAUUUUCAUGUUGAUGUGCAGAGGGACUACUAUAUGUCCUGUAGCAAUGAGGGACUACUAUAGUUGAAGGGAAGGCAGACGGUGGUCACUGAGAUAGAAGGGGAUACUGAUUCGAUACCCAUCUACAGCUUUGAGUUUGUUAAUUUUAAGGAUCUCCGUCCUAGGUGUGGCGACAACAGCUUAUUGACUGAUGUUCUGGGACACGUUGUAUAUGUCGGGGAGCUACAGGAGGUCACAAAAAGAUCCCGCGUUAUAGAAAUUUGCAAUCCGAGCAUUCGGGAUUUGAGAGGAAAGGUACUGGGUGUCACACUGUACGGAGAUAUUGCUUCUGGUUUUGCUGAGGAUAUGACUGAGAAAGGCAAAGGCGCCUCAGUUGUUGCUGUCUUUGCAGGGAUGUCUGUUGAUUCCUCGUCAUCAGUUUGCUCUACAACGUCUUCAGAGUACUAUCUGGAUUUGGAAAUACCAGAGGUGCAAGAAUUCCAUGCGAAUUUGCGCAUUCAGCAAGCAAACCCUGUUCCCAAAAAAACUCCAGCGCAGAAGUUAGCCGAGAGUUGGAGAACAAUCGAACAGCUAAAAAACCUUGAUCCGGAAGAGUAUGACGAGGAUACCAUGUUUUUGUGCAGGGUCUCCCUGAUAGACAUAGAUUGCAGCAGUGGUUGGUGCUAUCUUGGAUGCGACACCUGCCAGAAGUCCAUGUACGGGGCACCAAGGAAAUACAAGUGCGCCCGAUGUGGCCCGAUCAAGAGGCCAAUCCAGUGGUACAAGCUGAAGGCGACGGUGCAGGAUGCCACGGGCACAAUGCCCCUUAUGAUCUUCUGUGAGGUGGCGGAGGAGCUGGUCGGUGUCUCCGUGGACGAGCUCGUCGAUAACAUCGAGGAGGACAAAGAGUGGUACGCCCUGCCAGAAGAAAUCGAGGAUCUUAUUGGGUCGACGCACGCCUUCCAGGUUUUCGACAAGUACGUGAACGGGAGCUUUGCGGUGCGCUCGAUCAUGGACGAUGCUAGCGUCCCGCCCCCUGCUGCAACCACUAGUCAAUGCAAGGAGAAGGCUGCCCUUGAGGGGAGCCAGAAGCCUAACAAGCGCGUGCGAGGUGACGACGACUCGAUCAACUAGGGAAUGCGGGCCAUUCUGGGACUAGUUUUAGUGUAUCUAGGGUAAUGCGCCCAAAGGAUCAGGCAAUGGGUCUUUCUGAUCUCUUUCUUCUAGCUCGGAACAGCUGCAUCUACUGUGUGGUUGGAUACUUGGCUCUUAGUGAUGGUGAUGGGUAACAGACCAGAACCCGUUUAACCCCUUUCAA